CUCCGACUCUCCGACGAGCUUACGUUCGCACGCAUACAUACCCGCGCCGCAGCUGCCCUACAGCUAUGCAAGUACGUAUCGUCCAAUGUCUGUACAUACUCGAUCUAUGCGCCCUUUCAGCGCGUGGAGAAUGUCAAAAUACAUUUCUUUCCUCUCGCUCUCGCCCUCGCUCUCCCUCGCUCUCGGAACAAAAAUAUUCCCUACAUAUCCCUAUGCCGACUCCCGGCACCCGUCAAGAAAGUUUCAUCGUUCCCGCUCGCCAGCGGCCAGGCUGUUUCGCUGUGUCGCUGUUUCAGCCUUUCGGGGUGGUGCGCACCCCUGCGUGCGGGCUGGGCGGUUUGGGUGCCGUGGGCGGUUUGGUGUGCGUAUUUUUGCGAUGUGAAACAUAGCGAUUCCCGACCGGGGGUAACUAUUAGUAGUGAGGGGGGUGGCGGGCCAAUUGGAGAG